UGCGCUUCAACGAGACACCUCGACCCCCCAUCUGACACUACUUACUGCUCACAACAUCCACUACCACUCUUCCCUGAUCACACAGCCUUGACUCGAGUCCGACACUUGCACGUGCGUUCUGGCGACGGGCCAAAGUUCAACUAGACUUGGCAGCGCUUUAACCACCUGAUCCCCUCUUCCCCCUUUCAGGAAACUGGAGCGUUCGCGGCAUCGGCAUCGUUGCUUUACUCCUUCGUAAGGUCUAUUGGUGGUUGCUGGGAAUGGCGUUGUCCGAAAUGAUGCAUCCCUCAGCGCAGCAGAGGGAAGACGCCACCUUGUUCAGGACCGCACUACCAUCCCGACCGGUACCGUCAAGAGAUCACGCCGAUACCUCUCAAGGCCCGAGGACCCAACUGCCCCAGUCGGGGAGUGAUGCCUGGUCCGUGUCUGGUGCCUCGAGAUCGCCGAGCCUGUCCGAAACCGGCCCCGGUAGCCCUUCAAGCAACGCGGGGCCUGGGGGAUCCCAAUUAGAUGAAGACAUGACUGGUCAAGUGGCUCCUGAGCCAUCCUCCAGCCACACCGGACAGAUCUGCAGUAACUGCGGUACAACUCGCACUCCUCUUUGGCGGAGAUCACCACAAGGAGCGACCAUUUGCAACGCUUGUGGACUAUAUCUUAAGGCGAGAAAUACCGCUCGACCAACCAACCUGAAACGGCCUCCAAACGUUCUCGCAAGUAACGUACGCCGCACCCCCGAGAAGUUGUCACCAAAGUCCAAUGCUCAGCUUCUACCGAAAUCACCGGGUGCAACGUAUGUUGCGGCAGACCAGACGCCGACCGGGACAUGCCCGGGCGGCGGCCGGUGUAACGGAACGGGAGGGGCCGAAGGUUGCAACGGCUGUCCAGCAUACAACAAUAGGGUAUCCAAAAGCGCUAGCUUUGGUGUGCUCAAGAACUGCAACGGCCCAUCCCCGGUGAAGGUCCAACCAGACAGCGGAGCGGAAGCGCCUACGCCAAUCGACAUUGGCGCCCUUCACAUCCAGGGCCAGAAUACAACAGUAGUCAUUGCUUGUCAGAACUGUGGGACUACUAUCACCCCUUUAUGGCGCAGAGAUGAGGCUGGUCACACCAUCUGCAACGCAUGCGGCCUCUACUACAAGCUCCACGGGGCCCACAGGCCCGUGACGAUGAAGAAAUCGGUAAUCAAGCGGAGGAAAAGAGUCAUACCGGCAUCUCAGGAGGCUGCCGAGGGCGCCUCGACGGAACCCGCAGACUCGCCAUCGCCGGGCGCCGAUACUCCGACGGAGAGGGGUUCCAUGAACCCGGAUGGAUCCGUUAAUCUCGGCUCAAAGGGACGGCCAGGGCCGCCGCUGACCCUUGUGCCCGAAGCUGUGCUUCGACAGAACAGGCAGUCUUCGCCGUUACAUUCGGGAGACCUGACGCAGUAUCACUCAUCACCUACAAGCCAACCGAAAUACCUACCCGAGUCCUUGACAAACGAGAACCGAUUGGCCCCCCUCCAAUCAAUCGGUAUUCCGACCGAUCGAAAGUCCUCAUUAUCCCCAGCAUCAUUCCUCUCACCGCCACGGAAACGAUCGUUCUCUUCAACCGAUAUGGAGUUUCCAACCCCUCCUGAUGCCGACAACUCGAAACGUCUGUCCUCCAUUAAAUCGAUAUUGAAUUCCGCUGCUACCCGUUCCGCCUCGGACGAUACAUCAGAAAACCGGCUCCGGCCCAUGCGGACUUCCGGCGGGACGUCCAGUGGUAUUCCGAGCCCGCAGAGCAGCUCGUACGACGCCGGCAACGAGAGUGACAAGGUGAAAGCCGGACGAAGGAUGGCGCUGCAACGGGAAGCGGAGAGUAUGAGGGAGAUGCUCGCCGCAAAGGAAAGGGAACUAGCUGAACUUGGGAUGUGAAGGGUCUAUCAUGGCUCUAGAUCGGGGUAACUGCCGGGUUUAUUGGAGCAGGAGUUUUAAGUGCGAUGGCAUCUGUCAGGUCUCUGGAUGUCUCUGGGUUUACUGGGAACCCGCUGGGUUGCAUCCGAGGCGUAUGUGUUUGGGUCCAGAAUGCAGUUCGCUCUAGGGCUGCCGGCGUCAACCAAGACCAUGAUAACGAUUGGCAUGAGAAAGGAAUGGCGCAGUGGAAAAAGGGGUUCACAUUUAUUAGUUGCUUCGUCGAAGUCUGUAAAUACCUUGGUUAAAUGCAUACUUUUGCUUAGUCCUAUAGAAGAAUAGGAGGUGUGGGUCAAAUGCUCUAA